UAAUCAAAACAUCGAGCUCCAGGUUCCGUGAGAGACCCUGCCUCAAAAACUAAGGUGAAGAUUGACUGAAGGAGAUAUCAGAUGCUGAACUCUGGCCUACAUACAUGCAUGUAUGGGCGAAUAUACCCACAGAUACAUGUAUGCACAACACACACACACACACACACACACACACACACACACACACACACACACGGAUAUAAGCACAGUGCUGGGACUCUAGGCAGAGCGAGGAACAAGCAUAUCUUGGGUGGCUGUGUCUAGCAAGAAAGGCCAGAGGGCCUGCUGCAGAGGCAGGAGACUAGACUGGGAGGAGCAUGGAGAACUUUCUAUGAGCCUUCUGUGCUACCUUUUGGUAUGUUUCAGAAGGGCUACCUGGACUGACUCUGUUUACCAGCCACAGGAACUUGGGGAUACAGAGAGAAAGUAAUCACAUGGAGAGGGUCUCUCCUAUUAAACGAGGCUCAAGGCAGAAGAGCCAGGAUGGCCUGGCUUGACGGAGUCAGGAUCCUGGGCGGGGUACUCAGUGGGGGAACUUGGAAAGAGAGGCAAGAUAGGUGCUGAGGUCGGUCUCUGACAAGGAACAAAGGCAGGCAGGGUGCUAGGUAGCGUGAGGAGCCCGGGGCAGUUGAGUUGCUUUCCCCCAGCCAGAAUCCAAGAGGGCUUUCCUUGGAACUGUCUUGCAAAAUCAUGGCGGCGUCUCAUGGCGGCAUCUCUACUGAUGUGGCUUCCUGUGGAAAGUAGGUGCUGUUGGUAGGUCCUGGCAUGAGUCUUACUCAUUUCCAGUCUCCCCGAUUUCUGUACCAGGCCCAGGCCUCCAGGGGGAAGCUUCUAGAAAACACAUCCCAGAUGUGUUGAGGGAGACGGAGCCAAGAGAGCGAGAUGACUACUCUUUUUGAGAAACAAUGCAAUUUCCCCUUUGGAUCAACAACUUGGUGUUACUUAGAGAAAAUGACACCUCCCAUCCUAGGGCUGGGGAUCCUUGGGCUUGGAGAAUGGCUUUGCUAGAAGCAGGUUUGCAGAAGAGGAAAGGGGAAGCCAGAGGGAAUAUUCUCUGCUCUUAAGGACUGGUGAGAUACUCCUAAUGGAUUUGAUCAUGUCUGUGAAGCCCCCUUUGCCUGGUGACAGGACAGUCACAAGUUGCAGGCAUUAGGGGGCAUGGACGAGGAGGGGGCGCUAUCCGGCUCAUCAUGGUGUUUAUUCUGUCAGACUUGUCUGUGGCAUGUUGUCGUUGUGAAGCCAUACUUAUGAACGUGUGGAGUAUCGUCUGCUGGCAGCUCAGGAUCGUUCUCUCCCGUAGUCUAAGCUCUUCUGCCCAGAAGGGACCAGAAGCCAGAGAGCUGGAGUCCUCAGAAUCCCCUGGGUGCCAAAGAGAGACAGUGCCACAGGGUUCGGUGAAUGGAAGAGAAACUUCAGUCGGAGUGUUGCUCACUGUCUGAGGGCCGAUGUGUGGGAUUUGGCAGAUAGGAGAUUUAGGCUUUUGCUCUGCUUUGAUCCUGGAGGCUCAGGUGUCUUGUGGUUUCAGCCACUUCCUGACUUCCUAAAACCUAACAGGAAAGCUGAACCAGCCCUUCCCAGCUUUGUAAAUAUAGAAUUCCCUGUAUUUAAGCACAGCGGGGAGCGCCUGGAGUGGUCUCCGUGUCCUUGACUAAUAGAACCUGUGUGUGCUUAGUAAGAAUGCACAGACAGAUCUGUCCAAGGAUCACUGAGUAUUCAAAGUUUGGUGAUUCCCCUGAUAGCAAAGAAUUAGGUUGUUUCCUGGUUUUGAUAUUAUGUCUACAAAGUCAGGAACCCACCCCCGCCACACACACACACACACAAACCCCUGCUUGGCAGUGAAACUGAACGCACCGUCAGACGUAUUUACUCAGAACACAUUCUUGAAAUGCAGUGUUUUCCUUCUUUCCUCGAUGGGCGUCUGAAGGCAAGAUGGGUCACCAGGAGCUCUACUGGAGUCGCCCACGGAAGUUUGGCCAGGGUUCUCGCUCUUGCCGCGUCUGCUCUAACCACCAUGGUCUGCUCUGUAAAUACGGACUGAGCAUGCACUGUCAGUUCUUCUGUCAGCACUUGAAGGGCAUGGGCUUCAUUAAGUUGGGCUAAGCGACCUGAAUGGAUUAUUCGACUAUCCACCCAGUGAAACCCAUCAUGCUAGUCUUUGUGCACAAAGAAUAAAGAAGCGAAGGCUUAAAAAAAAAAAAAAAGAAACGCAAUGUUUUAUUUGAAAGACAUUCACUCUUUGAAAGCAUUCAUGCCUAUUUCUAGAGAAGUCUUCUGCGUUUUCUUAUUUUGGCCUGUAGGACAUGAUUCUCCACAGGACAUUUUUCUUCCAACUCUCUGGCUCUGCCUUCCCCAGCUCAGUUCAGUGACCCCCUCCUCCUCCUCCUCCUCUUCCUCUUCCUCCUCCUCUCCCUUCCUCUUCUCUCUCCUCCGGUCCCUCCCAUCAGUCCCAGGUGUAGAACUCAGUCUCCUGCAUGUCCAUCAAGUGUGUUAUCCUAAGCCACAGCCCUAUUCUAACCUAAGCUUCUUUCUCUGUUUCUACAGCACAGUGUAAAUGGUGGGCAAAUAUCACUCCUUUUGUCUUCAGAAUGCAUCCACAUUUGACUGCUUUCGAGGGUCACCAUCACCACCUCGUCAGACCUGCAUCCUGUCUUAGCCGGAUUAUGACAGUGGCUUGGAAUCAUCCCUGCUUUACUCAGAGUCUCCUCAGUAGCCAGAGAUCUUGGCAAACCAUACACCAGAGUGUGCCAGGCUUUGCUCAGAUAGAGGCCCUCUUCUCCCUCAGAAAAAAAGCCAACACCACAUGGCUGUCCAUGCCUACCCACCCCCCAUUGCUUCUCUGACCUCACUCUACUCCUUGGCCUCUUGUCCAUCUUGUCCCUUGAACCUUCUUGUUCCAGGUGAGAGCCCGUGCUGGACACAUGUACCAGCUGUUCCCUCUGCCUGGACAAUUCACCCAGAUGUCUACAAGUUGGGCUCCUCUGUCUUGUCCUAUGUCCUUGAGCAGGGACUUCUCUGACCCUCUUGUCUAGCAACCUUUUGUUGCCCAUUUCUGGUUCACCCCAUAGUACCCACCGCCAUCUGUCUUCAGACAGUGUCUCUUCUCUGUCUUCUGGUUCGCUGCUAUGUGCAUUGUAUGAAUUACUGGAGAGCAAUAGCAUGUGAGUUGAGUGUAGACGUGAACUUGGGACAUUCACUGCGCCCGAUGCACCCGUUAGUGCUGUCACAGAAGGCUCUAACAUAAACUAAUCCCCCCCCUUUUUUUCAUAUUUUAGACAAGAUCUUAUCCUCUAGGCUUGGUUGGCCUAGAACUUGCUAUGUAGAUAACCUGGCCUUGAACUCACAGAGAUCCUCCUGCCUCUGCUUCCCAGGUGCUAGGAUUAGAGGUGUUUGCUGCCAUGCUUGGCUUUCAAUGAGAACUAUUGUGUUUCCAUUGUGAAGCAUCUACACAACGUCACUUAACCUCAGGAGACUCCAGGCAGCGCAUAUGGUGGAAGUCGAAAAGCACUGCUUCAUUAACAGCUCGUGUGUGUGUGUGUGUGUGUGUGUGUGUGUGUGUGUUUCCCGAGACAGGGUUUCUCUGUGCAGCUCCGGCUCUCCUGGAACUCGCUCUCUAGACCAGGCUGGCCUCAAACUCAGAGAUCUGCCUCCCCAGUGCUGGGACUAAAGGUGUGCGCCACCACCACCUCCUGGUUCUGUUUUUGUUUUUUUGUUUUUGUUUAAGUACAAGAAAUAACAGUAACUGUUCCAUGGGUUUUUGUUAGAAUUAAGUGAACUAAUUCAUGCAAAUAAUUGUGAAACACCUGGCAUGUACUAAUGGUUAAAUAAUUGCGAGCCGGUUUAAUCUCCCUUUGUAGUAGAGGGAUCUAAAGCUCGGAGAAUUUAGGAUUGUAGCCGCAGGUUACAUAGCAAGGGGCAGGGUGAAGGUUGAACUCAGGACUCAUAAUUUACACAGCUGGUUCUGCUAAGACUCAUACAGUGACCUAAAUAAGGUCGUGGGACUCUUCCCUAAGGCGAGGCAGCAGUGUGGCCUCUCGCUGUCCGUUUUGUCUGAAUCCUCCUCCCCACAUUCCAACCGACUCAUCUGAUGUUUGUGGAACAUCACCAGGCCUGAGAGACUCACGGCCUCCUGUCUCUGUGUCCAGAGUGGAGUGGACAGAUAAUCAUACCAUUUGUCACGACCUGGGAUCGAGAUGACAGAGCUGAGGUGUAGUGGAACAGUUCCUGUAAUUCUGUUGCUCGCAAGGCUGAGGCAGGAGGAUUGUUGAGAGUUUAAGACCAGCCUACGCUACACACAGAGACCUUCUUUCAAGAAUAAAAUAAUCCGGGCACAGUGGUGUACACCUUUAAUCUCAACAGCGUUCAGGAGGCAAAGGCAGGUGAAUUUCUGAAUGUGGGGCCAGUCUGGUCUAGAGAAUGAAUUCCAGGCCAGCCAGGGAUACAAAAUUAACAUUUAAAAAGACAAUUUUAGAUGCCCACUAAAUGUCUACCCUCUUCACUUCCUUUACCAAUACAGUUCAUCAUCCUGACUUUGCUUCCUGCCCAGUGUCCCCAGUGGCCUGGGCACCCUGUGGCUUCUGAGCCUGCUGACCUCUCUGGCCUGACUCCCUGGCAGCCCUGCAGCUGUCCCCAUGAUGCCUGUCCUUACUGCUAGGAAGCCUUGACUUGAAUUAAAUGUGAGCCUCAUCCUGUUCUGCAGUGGGACCCAGAAAGUUGACUUCAGGGACAGGGGGCUACAUGUCUGCUGGCCCCGACAGGAACCGUGAGCCUAGUGAGGGACUGGGCUCAAAGCAAGGAGCACGGCUCCAUUAGCACAAUGAAGGUAGAUCUUGGUUACUGACCAGCUGUCAGGUUCUCAUCCCUGUCCCGAAUCACCACAAAUGGGACUCCAGAAGGCAAGCCUUGUCCACAGGGUAAUGGAGGGCUAAUGUAAGGUGGAGGGUACCGCAGACUGAGAUUCUAAGAUUGUAACUGCUGUCUGUGAAACUCAACUAUCGAGAAUGAAGCUUACCACCACGCUUCCCGCGUUCCAGAGGUUUUGCAAGGCAGGGAUGAGAUAGCUUGCCACUGGCGUUAGCUGGGCCAGGGCCAGGGUGGGGUUUCCCUCAGAAAGCUGGAGCCAGUCUGGGGUGGAGCCCCUUGCCCUGCUGUGUGGGAGCAUCCAAGCUUCUUCCUCUGGCUGGGAAACUUUCUGCUAAGCAGCCAAGCCAGAAACUUUCGAGAGUGGAAGCAUGGGUGAGCAUUCAAAGGAAACGUAUACUGAGGACCAGGCUCUCUGUGUACACUCCAUCCCAGGUAAAUCUUGGGGUGCUGUCCCAGGUAAAUCUUGGGGUGCUGUCCUUACCUUGCUCUCUUCUGACCCUAGUCUGAAAACCUUCCCCAUGCCCCCCAAAGC